GUCAAAUGCCUUUUUUCCAUCAGAUGCUUCCAAAAAAUGGGAUCCAGUAUCCAGGAAUUGUCCAACUCCUCCUCCAUUUCAGUUGGACUUUGAUUGGUCUCUUUCCACCGGACACAGAGGAGGGAGAGAAUUUCAUGAGAACUUUCACUCCUAUGCUUGUCAGAAAUGGAAUUUGUGUAGUUAUCUCACAACAAUUCUCAUUGACUAGACCUACAGAACCUCUCAGAAAUGCCAUCUCUAAGUGGAGAAAAGUCAAUGUCUUUGUUCACUUCAUAGAAUUUGCUUCCAUUGUGGAUAGAAUUCGCCACAUCCAUUUAGCAAUUGAAGGUUUGUCAGGACCCAUUGAAGGGAAAGUCUGGAUCACCACAAUUGUGGAGAAAUUGACAAUUACAAGGCAUACAGAUUUCAAAUAUAUCCAUAGUAUUUGGGUCUUUGCUUUUCAGGAAAGAAAAUGGCUAAAUGAUGAUGCCUUUCAACCCAGUCUUUUUAAGGAUUCCAAAUUUGAAGACCAGUCUUUUCGCUGUUCUUUUUCAAAGCAUGUUCUUUCUGUCAAGGGCCGGAGACAAUGCACCCAGAUAGCACCACUGGACAUGCAAGAGAAAAAGAAUAGAAUUCAGAUACAAAAUGACCACCGUUUUUACAGUGUUGUUAAGACUCUGGCCCAUGUCUUGAAUGUUGCAUAUUCCUCAAUAUCUAGGAGGAGAAAAACGGAGAAGAAAGAGAGAUUGAGGGCUCCAAGGCUAGAGCCAUGGCAGUUCCAUCCCUUUCUGGAGAAGAAUGAGUUUUGCAAUUUUUCCUGGGAGAAACUGUACUUGGACCAAAGUGGAAAUGUAGCAGCAGAUCUGAAUAUCAUAAGUUGGUUGCUUUUCCCCGAGGAGGAUACCAUCAAAGAGCAACUGGGGAGUUUUGAAAGACAGAGGCUUAUUAUCGACCAAGAUGCUCUUUCACGGCUAAAGUUGCUCAACAAGUCUCUGCCUCAGUCCAAAUGUGUGGAGAAGUGUCACCUUGGAUUUGUAAAACGGGCUCGGAAAGAAGAACCCAUUUGCUGCUAUGAUUGUAUUCCUUGUCCGGAGGGGACCAUCUCCACACAGGAAGAUACUGAAAAAUGCACCAAGUGCCCAGAUGAUAAAUAUCCCACUGAUGACAGAAUCCAAUGUAUCCCCAAAAGAAUAGCUUUCCUGUCCUAUGAAGAACUUCUGGGCAUCAUCCUGGUCUCCUUUGCUGUACUCUUGUUUCUAACAACAGGCUUUGUUUUAGUCAUAUUUGUUAAAUACCUAGAAACUCCCAUUGUCAAAGCUAACAACCGUGACCUGUCCUACAUCCUCCUGGUUUCCCUCUUACUUUGUUUCUUGUCCUCCUUUUUCUUCAUUGGCCGACCAAGGAAAGCCACCUGCCUUCUCCGACAAACAAUGUUCAGCAUCAUCUUCUCAGUAGCUGUGUCUUGUGUGUUAGCCAAAACAAUCAUGGUAGUGCUGGCCUUCCUGGCCACGAAACCAGGGAACAGGGUGAGGAGAUGGUUGGGGAAGAGCUUGGCCAACUCCAUCAUCCUUUCUGGCUCUGCUGGAAAAAUUGUAAUUUGUGGAAUCUGGCUGGGAGUUUCUCCUCCGUUUCCUGAUUUUGACCUGCACUCCCAAUCAGGAGUGAUCAUCCUUCAGUGCAAUGAAGGCUCUGUGACCAUGUUUUAUGUGGUUCUCUGCUACAUGGGUUUCCUUGCUGCCAUUUGCUUCACAGUGGCUUUCCUGGCCAGGAACCUGCCUGGGGCCUUCAACGAAGCCAAACUGAUCACCUUCAGCAUGCUGGUCUUCUGCAGCGUCUGGAUCUCCUUCCUGCCCACCUACUUGAGCACCAAAGGGAAAUACAUGGUGGCCGUGCAGGUUUUCUCCAUCUUGGCUUCUGGGGCUGGCCUGCUGGGCUGCAUCUUCUUCCCCAAGUGCUACAUUAUCAUCCUGAGACCAGAUCUAAAUACUAAGGAACAUUUAAUGAUAAAAGUCGGUAUCUGAUCGUGAAGUAGUUUCUUAGGGUCAUAACAAUUAAUUAUUUAUUGCACUUAUUAUUGAGUUUGUAUGCUUCUUUUGACAAUUAAGGUUAUUUAAAAUCAAAAGAAAUAAACAUACAAAAAAUGUAAGACUAACAUAAGAUAAUCAUCAAAGUGUAAAAUAAAUGAAUUAAUAAUUUAAAUUGUCAUGAAAUUAGGAAAGGACAAGAUAAGAAAGGAGAUUUUAUUAUUGUAUAGGACUGACUGACUGAAUAAAUAAACAGACAAAUGUUUGAAACAAGUUUACCAAUCAGUGGGUUUUUUAGGAAUAUGACUAUUACCUAAUUUGUUGGGUUGGCAAUAUAUAAACCAUCAAUGUAUGUUUGAAGUGUAUUCUAUUGUAUUGUAUAGCUUUAAGACUGCUGUAUUGCAUCAUACUUUGUCCUGGUUAGCUCUGUUGCCAAUGUCCUUAAGAGAGAGCUAGAAACAUGGUUUCAAGUUUCGAGGUCGUCUCAAAUAAAUUGCAUUUCAGACAAAGUCUUUGAAGGAAAACUCCUAUUUAUUAAGCACAACAUUCUAAAAUCUGACUCCAUUGAAUCCAACACUGGCUUCCACACCUAAAACCCUCCCUUUCCAUUCCCCACUCCCCUGCACUCAUUGGCCAUCUUCCAAGUCAUUCUACCGUAAUCUACCGCUCCAGCUCAAAGGAAUUUCCCCCCUCCCAUCCCAUAUCCUAGGGGAUAUUAUCUCCAGGGAAAAUAAGUAGGUGAAAAGUCAAACGUCCCUUUCCAGGUGCCUCCGCUUCUCCUUCUUAUGUCAGCACUAGAGUAAAUGCAGCUUGAAGUGCUGACACAUGGCUUGUUCUUUUUGCUGUUCUUCCUCUCUGAUAUCUCUGUAUGGUACUGUUUGCAAAUCCAGAAGAACUGUUUAUUGGUAACUGUUAAUUGUGUAUGACUAUGACAACUGGUGAGAAGACUUUGUUAUUCACUAUUGCCUGAUUUAUAUGUGUAUGACCUAGACUGUUUAUUGGACUAUGCUUUACUUUUUCCUGAAAGUAAACUAUAACACAACUCAG